GAGAAUUUUGAUAUCAUGAAAGUCACAACUGAAAAUCCCCCGCGACACAUAGUCAAAAAGAUGGGUAAAUUUAAGCAUCAUGAGAUGCGCAAUGGUUCCUCAAUUGAGUCGCAGAAACUCAAUCAACGCCUCUUUGCUUCCCAACACCAAAUCAUUCCUCCGUUCGUUGUACCCGAGGUUCAAUAAUCGGGGUGAUACCAACAAAAAAUUGUCAAAAUUCAGUCUGGGCUCGGCAUUAUUCACGACACUUGCCACGGGCAUCUCCUCAAAUUUAACACUGUAUGGUGGUGCACCACCGUUGAGUAGGGUUCGUCCAUCCGCCCCUUCGAGAAUAUGGGAAUGUUCUUAGUCUAUCAGAAGAAGAAAAACUAUAAUGUCUUCAAUUCUGAAGAAUGGAUCGAGCUUGAUUUCGACUAACUCUUUAGAGUCAAUAAAUCCAAAGGAUGCUUUGCAUCUCCCAUCUCUUUCUGAUAGUAAAUCAAGUUCCCCGAAUUCGAAGUUGGAUUUGGGCGUGGGUUCAUUAUCUCACAUUAACAUAAGUAGACGACAAGUGUCUUUCGCAGAGCCAAAAGUGAAAACGAAAGAUCUUGGGCCAAAGACUGCACGCCCUAAAUCUAAUUCAAAUUUGAGGCUAGAUGGAAGUGAGAAGGACACCUCCGUACCGAAUCAACGAAAACGUUUGAUUGGCAAACAGGGUCAUAAAGCUCAGUUAUGUAAGCCACCACGUCAAAGGCAGUUUAAGCCAAAGUUUAAGCCGGGUCAUAUCUCUGCAUCAGCAGACACGGAAGCUGCAUCUAAGAAUCAUGAAAACACCUCUAUGUCAAGGCAAAGCUCGAUCGUGGUUCUAUGGGAUGCUGAUAACAAAAGCUUUUCUCCGCCUUUUCUUGAUGUGGCAACUUCGUUGAAGAAGCUUGCUGGGCAUUUCGGGGGGAGCUUGUCAACAUAUCAGCUUUUGGUAGUCAUCGCAUUCUCUGAAAUUGGUACAGAAUCAACUGAAGCUGGCGUACACAUUGAACGCGUGUACAGCUCCCCAAGAAGCAGAUGCAGCUCUGCAACGCGCGUGGGAGGAGUGGAAGAUGACCCGGUUAGAGAAGGAACCUGAUUCUUUUAUUUGGUUAAUUUUGGUCUCGGAUGAUGCAGGGUUUCGGCACAUGUUGAGUUCAUCCAAGAGAAGUGGAUUUGGGGUUGUGGUUGUGAACGAAUUCAUUACCAAACUGUCGUUAGAAGGGGAUUUUUGCACGCCUUGGCUACAGCUCAAAGCUGGAAGCCAUAGUUUGGACGGCCUGGUCGACCAUAUUGUUGGCAUAUCGACCAUGGGUCGGAGCUGGAUGAGGGAGAAUAUGAAUACAAAUGAUUUCGCAGAUGAAGGUGUAAUUGUCCAAAUUGUAUUGAAGCCUAAAAAUCAAUCAUUGGCAAACAAAAAUCAUGAAACAGGAGCUAUUGUCGAGAACAAUGCAGAAACGAUGUUGGAACAGCACCUGAAGCAUGCAGGUGAUAGACAUUUGUAAUAUUUGGAAAAUCUCGAGAAAGCGUUACAAAAAUUGGAAGAGCCCUCUAAGGAUAAAACCAUGUGGAACAUUAAUGGAAGUAUUUUGAAAUUGGAAGCUAGAUUGAAGGCAAGACUUAAAGCGAGGAGGACAAAAAAGUUCAACUCGCGAAAUAACGGAUAUUUCCGACGAAGAGUUUCUGAAAAUUUUAUGUUAUGCAGAUUUCGUUGAGGGAUUGAUGAGAUGAGCGAACAAGUCGAGUCCAAAUGUCGACUCGGGUUUGUAGAAGACUCUUCCAAUUACUUCGAUCUGCAGUCCGCAAGUUAAACAAAGGCUCGACACCUGAGCAAUGUCAGAAACUAUCACUACGAGGAAGAAAAAUGCAAUGAUCACUACCUACAAACUGCAUACAAAAUGAUCACCAAGUAUGUUUAGACACCCGGAUACUGCUCCGAAUCAUCUUAUCGCCGUUUCUGGGAGGAAUGGAAGCCACAAUUGAGGACAGGCCGGCUACAAAUAUAAUGGUCAACAAUGAUCUGGUGUAUCCACUGCCGCAGCAGACCACGUCCAAGCGUGUCAACGAAAAGCUCCAGUCGUGUAGCUGUCCGAGAAGAUUUUUGGGUUAGCAGACUAUCAUCAAAUUCUUUAUAUAUUAAUUAUCAUCUGAAUUUUUUUGAUCAUAGCCUAGCGAAUACAUUGGAGAUUAAAUCCUUCAGAUAUGAAUUUGUGUACAGGUAUUCCUCACAAUAUACUGUCCACUAGAGAAUUAUUAGUAUGGACAAGAUCCACAUAGCCAAGAUUUGGUACAAAAAGAAAGAGAGGACAGUUGAGAAAGAGAAAAGAAAAAACAAAGGAGUGGGCCUUGCACAUUUCAAAAUUACGAUGAUUCCGAGUAACGUUUCACACUCACAACAGAAAGUAAUUCUAAUGACGGUUAUUCAAUUUUGAUGUUGUAUCUGAAUUUUGAAGAGCUAGGCUUAUUCAUCAAAUAGGCACAUCUUGGCAGGCGUCGUGACGGAGUGGUUAACGUGAUUGACUAGAAAUCAAUUCCUUUCGGGGGCGCAUGUUCGAAUCAUGCCGACGUCGAGAUCUUUUGUCAUUCUUCGUCAUAACAUUUUAUAUAUUCUUGUUACAUCUUGGUACUUUAUAUUUCUUUUUCGUUCUGAGGAUGAAUUGAUCUUGGGAAUUUUUUUUCAAUAGGGGGAGGUGGAGAGGUGGGGCAUUUUCCUUUAUUGUGGAGAGAAAAUCUUUGUUGUAAUGUGGUUUAUCAAUGAGUGGGUCAUAUCAGUGAAUGGGUCAUUUGAAAAUAUAUCAAAAUUAGACCUUUUUCA